AUGUCAGUCACCACUUGCUCGACCACGGCGACGCGCUUGAAUAAUUUGACGGGGAAGAGAACCAACUCGUUGGGUUGGGCCAAGUCCGACUGCCACACGUGCUCCUCGCUCGGCCGUUCCUGUGACCGGCGACGGCCUCGCUGCAGCGCCUGUCUCGCCGACGGCGUCAUCUGCGCCGGCUACGUGCAGCAGCUCAAUUGGGAAAGAGGCACGUUGAAGGUUGGCAAACGGCGGCCCAAGGAACAUCCACUCGAGAGUGGUGCCGCCAGAGAGGCUCAAGCGGAGAAGUCGACAGCGCCACUACCUCGGCCCUCGACCUACACCUUUGUCGAUCAGUCCCUCACACAAACACGCACACGGCGGAGGUCGAGGAACAACUCGAGAUCGAGCGAGAUCAGCAUUCUAACCUCGACGGCCUUUUCCCAUGGCCCCGAGUCUGUGUCGUCGUCGGCGUCUCCGUCUUCGACAUGGUCGGUCCUGAGCGGCGCCAACACGCCUCCUGUGGUUGACACUAGCCAUCAGCUCGAUCUUGUCCUUUUCCCCCAAGUGAGCUGCCACCCGGGUGGGAUCGAAUAUGCCUUGUCAUUCUUCCAUUCCUGCUUCGCCAACACCACGCUGACAUUCCCGGUGAAAAUCAAUCCCUGGCGAGCUUGCUUACCUUCAAUCCACGACGAAUUUCCCUCGGUGCGCUACGCCGCAGCCGCGCUGGCAAAACGUCAACAAGCCCACUUCGACCGAAAGCCCGAGAGUGCCGCGAUCUUGCGCCUCAAGUCUCAGGCCUUGUCCAUCUUCGCGUCGCACCUCAAUGAUCUGUCGUUCGAGUGCGGUCUCAGUACGGUGCUUCUCCUCAUCGGCCUCGAUUACGCCGAGACGGGAAUUGCCAAUUGGAACAUCCACCUGCGCGGCGCGUACCGGAUUCUCGAGUCUCACGGCGGGAUUCGACUAGCCGAAUCACGACCAAACCUUCGGAGUCAAAUCGCCAUGUUGAUCUGGUACGAUGUCAAUGCCGCCUUAAUAUCGCGGCGCGGUCCUACUUUUCCCAGGACUUAUAUCGAGGCGCUCAUGGCAUGGCAGGACGACGACGAAUGGAGCAUACUGGGUCUCAACGGUCUUCCCGACGGCAUGUUUCUGGACAUGUACGGCCUUGCCGUUGCCGCUGCCGAUCUUGACUCUGCGGACCCAUACGCGCUCGAAGCUAUCCGCAGGAACAUCCUGGUGAGCGAGAUCAGCGCGAAGCAGGGGAAGUAUCAGGCUCUGAUGUCAGAAAUCUGGAGGUUGGGUCUUUUGUUAUACAUUGCUCGGGUGUUUGAGCCAUUCCGGAUCUACAAUUUGGCAGUAGCAGACUAUUGGGACGAGGUCGACUUGUUCACGAGCCACGAAAGCGCUUCCCAGGGGGACUUUGAACCGCGUGCCGUGGCUAUUCAGAUCCUCACCAUGGUAGCCGAGAUUCCGGCGGACAGCAGCUUUCAGAAACAGUGCCUGAUGCCCAUUGUCCUGGCCGGUUGCGAAAUGUCAAGUGCAGAGUGGGCUUUGAGAAAAGUGGCCAUCGAGUACUCUGAACGGUGGAAACAGAAGACGGGGAUCUGGAUUUUUGGGUCCGGGCUGGAGUUCAUGAGGAGUGUUUGGGCAAAGAAUGAUGCGGUCGUCGCUGGCGAAUUCGACGACGAAGGCGACAGGGAAUGGGUGCCUUGGACAGAGGUCUACCCGUCCAGUGCUGAAUAUGGCUUUCUGUUUGGGUGA